CCUGUCUCAAACGCAAGACAAAAACAAAUCUCACAUACAAAACACACGUAAAUACUGCCGUGUGCUCAUCUAACGACGGCUCAUCUAGUCAUUUUUCCGCUGACAAAUAAAAAUCAGAGGACGAGAUGGUGUCUCCUGUCACUGUGGUCAAGAGCGAGGGUCCAAAGCUUGUGCCAUUCUUCAAAGCAACUUGCGUCUACUUUGUUCUGUGGCUUCCAGCCUCAAGCCCAUCCUGGUUCAGUGCCCUCAUCAAAUGCCUGCCCAUCUUCUGUCUCUGGGUUUUUCUGCUAGCGCAUGGCAUCAGCUUUUUAGGUGCCCAUUCCAGUGCCAGGAAAAUCCUGGCAGGACUUAUUUUUUCAGCUUUGGGUGACGCAUUUCUCAUCUGGCAAGAGCAAGGCUACUUUUGUCAUGGGCUGCUAAUGUUCGCCAUCACCCACAUUCUCUACUCUUCGGCUUUUGGGAUGAAGCCCCUCAACUUGAGAGCAGGUUUGGUUAUUUCUGUCAUUUCAGGCCUCAGCUACACCCUUCUCUACCCCUACCUCUCCGGUCCCUUCACCUACUUGGUGGCCGUUUACAUCACUCUCAUCGGCUUCAUGGGUUGGAGGGCCAUUGCUGGUGUCCAGCUGAUCAAUGACCUCUGGACAUGGACGAAACUGUCAGCCUGUCUCGGAGCCGUCCUCUUCAUGGUUUCUGACCUCACAAUUGCCGUCAACAAGUUCUGCUUCCCUGUGCCCCACUCCCGAGCCAUCAUAAUGGCCACUUACUAUGCGGCACAGAUGUUGAUUGCGCUGUCAGCUGUGGAAUACCAAGAUACAGAUGUGUCUCUGAAAAGAGCCUGAGGAAUCGCACCUUAACCAACCUACCCCCAUUAACUUACCAUUGACAGCAGCUGUAAUGGUUCAGAUCCCACUUUCUGAAACCCCUGGUCCAUCUGCAGUUCCCCUUGUCUGAUUAUGACUGAGAUAUUUUGGGUAUAGUUGAGGAUCCACCAAUUUAACAUGGUGUAAGAUUACACUGAUUGGAGAAUUCUUGCUUGAUUCACACAAAAGGUUGGAUAGAACUGGUCUUCAACAUUUUGAGAACAUCAGGUCUUAUUCCAUUAUUCCUCAGUGUUAGAAUAUAGCUAUCAUUUCUAAGUGUCCUCUAGUAGUAUACUACAUGGUCAAAAGUAUGCAGACACCAGGACACCACACCCAUUUUUGCUUGAUGAAUAUUUAAUUUCAAAACCAUUGGUUUUGUAAUAUGAAAUAUGUUCUCUUGCUCCUAUAACCACUACCACUUUUCUAGGAAUGAUUUUUACUUGAUGUUGGAAGAUAGCUGUGUAGAUUUGCUCAUAUUCUGACCAAGAUGUUGGGUGAUUGUAUCUGGCUUGCAAAAAGUAUUACAAUUAAUUUCAAAGGUGUUCAAUUAGGUUUAGGUCUGGUCUUUGUGCAGGCCAGUCAAGUUCUUCUGCACCACAUUCUGUAAACUAUUUUACUGUUCCUAUGACAGCUCUUUAGUAUGCCCCAUUGUACUGAAAAUGUUUGUCUCAGGUUUUCAUUAAUUAGAAGGGCAUGUCAAGAUCAUUUUGGCAAUAUAGUGUCAUGAUAAUUUUUGGUAUUGAGAAAGGAAAGAAAGAUAAGUGUUAAAAGUGAAAGAAGAUAAGUUUGUUGUAACAUUGUUAAAGUGCUUUGAAAUCGGGAUUCUGGUUUCUAGAGCCAAAAUAUUUAGUUUUCCCCAACCGUGGUCGACUCUAGAAGGGAACCCCUGGGCUGGGAAAAGUCUCUCAAGAGUCGCAAGCGACAUAAGAAUACUGGGUUUAUUGUUUAUUUGGAAAGAAAUACUUCAACAGAAAUCAUUCACCUAACCCUAACAUUUACCCUACCCCUAGCCUUUAUAACCUUUGUUAUAGCAUAUGCAAAUCUUGCAUAAAUUUCCAUAAUUAAGUUCUCUUCUAGACAUGACCGCCAACCUUUCCCAAAGAAGCAUCUUUUCCAUUUCAACCAAGACUAACCCAAUGGCUCCAUGCCGCUUUUUCACCUUUUAAUAUCUUGUCCACUUUAGAUAGUCAUGUCAACAAAGACUUAAGGGACUAACUCUUAUCUUUCACUUAUCAGAAAACUUUGGGCCCUGCAGAAUAGACCAGCAAACAAUGUAAGGUGGUUCAGAUUCUUCUCAGGGGGCUGGUUUCCCCUUUCUAACCUUAGGUUUACCAGACAUAAUCAGUGAGCAUCAUGACAACCAUUUCAUAUUAAAGCUGAUAUUUUAGCAUACUUUGUGCUGCUGUACUGAAAAUCAACGCACAGGUCUUCUUAGUAGUAUUGUGUGGUACACUGUAUCUUGAUUUUUAUCCUGUGUCAUUGACACAUUUCAUAGUGUGGAUUUUAUGUUGUUUUGUAACUUGAGUUCAUACACAAACCUCUAUGCCUACAUACUCUCAUGUGCUGGAGUCGUUGUCUUGCUUUAAAUAUCCAUCAUUCCCAAUUGACCACAUGCAGAGGUGGUGCAAUCUCUAGAGUAGAUAAGGCCCGUAUGUUUUGUUAAGAUGUGAAACGUGACCAAAACUGAUAUGAAAACAUGUCAGAACGCUCGUAAAAGGAAGAGAGGUCACUUUAUCUGAGGCAAUGCGACAUUUUACAUAGGUUUCUGCUGAGUCAACAGCAAUUCUCAAUACCUCUACAAGGAAACGGCGAAUAAGUACUAGUUGUACUGUUUAUUUUGUCUGUACAGUUCCAGGUAUUGUUUUUAAACAGGGUGUGAUGUUAGAUCAUUUAUGUACCAAGCUUUCAACCACUUUCAUUUGUCUGUUGUCCAUGAGAAAUGUCUUACUCAAGGGAAGGUCCCAUGAUGGACAAUUUAAAAUCUGUGUUAAACCUGAUCUUUGGACUAAAUGGUAUUUUGUCCACAAGAGAGAAAAGCCAACAAAGUUUAAUUUAGUUUCUCACUCUGUUAUCAUUCACAUCUUUUCCUUCACCUGAAAACAUGUGAAUAUUUCACAGUACAGCAUUCUUCUCUCUCGUUUGUUACUGUCCUUUACAAAAAGAAUAAUAUAUUCAGGGAGAAUCUCAUAUGUCCAGGUUAUCGUCACACCAAAAUCAAUAGAAAAACCUACAAAAGUACAUUUUUGCAUAAAGAAAAUAAAGCCAAUUUAAAGGACAAUUUAGAUUUUUCACAGUGACAUUAUUUUCAUAUUUCCCACCACCAAAUUCUCAUUACUGUAAUCUGUCUGGAUGUUUUACUUUUGAGUUUUUCAUUCUCAUUCUCAUUCUCAUUAUAUGAUGAAUUCAUCUUUUUUUUUCUUUUCUUUUUGUCGGCAUAUACUGCUACGCUGUAUAAAAACUUAAAAUAAUAGAGUAUAUCCUUAUUUUUUCAAUUUACGUUAAUGAGAAUUAUGUGGCAAAUGUGCUUCAUUUACGUGAAAAUAAUAUCACAAUGCAAAAAAGGGUACUAAAAUAAUAUAUUUUUGCAAAUGUGUAAGUUAUGCAAUAACUGUAUAAUUUCUCAUUUUCUCUUUUGAUUUUGUGAAACAACUUUUUUGACAGGCUUUGUGAGAUACACCCAUAUUACACAUGUACUGUAUUUACUAUCAGUUGAUUCAAACUGAUCACUGUAAUUUUCCAUAAAUCUCAAUAAGGGAUCAUCACCUGAAACACUGAUACUAAAUGAGGGAAAUAUCAGCCACGAUGGAAAGUACUGCCAGGUCUGAUAUGUGCUCAGCUGCUGUGCCCUCAGUUGUGAGUGUAAAUGAGUUUCAAAUGCAAACACAGCCAGAUGAUCGAGAGUGGGCGUUCGCAGGUGGGCGGGUUUCUUUUUGAUGAACAUUAGUCAGGUUAGACACCAUAUUUUAUUUGAUGAGGAAAUAAGGCUAUGAAAUAUAGAAGUACUGUGUGUUCAAUGUGUUCAAUUGAAUGACAAAUUCCAUUAAAAAUAUGAAAAUUAGUCACAAUUGUGAGCCAAUUGCACGAAUGGCUUUGUACAUAAUUCAUUGCAAAAGAGACAACAGUUACCACGACUUGGAUUGUUCAGUUGACAAAAAAGUAUGCUUUUCCAAAAUUUUGCAAACAACUUCUGUAAACAGUGUUUGAGAAUAUUUUUUACAUGACUGCAAGACAUUACAUCAGCAAAACCUAUUAAAUGGACAGUAAAUAUGGGGUCUAUCCUAAUUAAAGUCUGUUGUCCACCAAACCGUUGAGCACAUAAUUGUCACUGUCGCUAUCAUCAAGCACACACUCAGCUCAUCCACUGUGGCAAGGAGAAACAGGACAGCUAUUUCAGCACAUUUGCCUAAUUCUCAGAGGUUCCUUAUUCCAGGGUCACAAUGUCAGCAAAACAUUUCAGCUUAUUCAAAAGAAAUAUUUUUACUUGCAAGGUCAUCAAAACAGUAUGUAUUUUCAAAGUCAUUGUGUCAUGCUACACAUCAGUAAUGCGUUUGUGAAGGUGUGGGGAAAAUGACCAAGCGUUUUGAGCUAAAUGUAAAAGAAAUUGCAGUUGCUUCUUGCAAUGUCUUAUUUUUUAUUGCUUCAGAAGUUUAUUGUGUAAAUUAAUCUCAAGAAAUGAUAUCCAGGUCACAUUUCACUUCGAAAUCAAUAGAAAAGGAAAAUAAAUUACCACUUUUUGCAGUGUACCAUUUUUUUAAUAAUUCUCAUUGUUCACAGUGGUGAUUCUCGUUACUGUAAUACAGUACCUUUUUCCCGUUUUACAGUAAAAAAAUUUUUAUCCAUUUUGGGUAAGUUACUCAUAAAAGUGAUUCACUACAAAUUACUUGAUACUUUUCUAAAUUUGAAGUUUAAUGCAGUACUUGUUCAAAUAUUAAAUGGGAUUUCUUUUGGUGGUUUGAUGUGACUUGAAUUGGUGAUAUUUUAGUGCAUUUUUAUCUUUAUACUCUGGAAGGCUUGUUUGGAAAAUGUUAAUAAUGCAUUAUAUUGGUACAAAUUGUUUUGUUUUCUUCCUAAAAUGGAAAAAUAAA